AUGCGCCGAUCUCGCAGCGGCAAUGCGCAUGCGCUCAUCGGGACGCACGCGCAGUCCAUUCGCAGCGCACUACACACGCGCCGUUCCCACCUCUGCACUGCGCAUGCGUCUUCGGCCGAAUUCGCACGGCGCAUGCGCCACAUUCUCCGCACUGCGCAUGCGCCUACUCGGUCAUUCCACUGCGCGUGCGACUCUCCACAUGCACCUUGGGGGGGGUCCUGGAUCUACGGGAGCAAUGGACAAUCAUCAACGGCAUGCAAUUCAACAAAGGUAAACGCCGGCUUCUACAUCUGGCUCGGAGCGACGCCGGCCAGCUUGGCAGAUGGGCAGCUGGAGAGCCGCUCAGAAACAGCACUCGCCGUCCUCACCGCACAGCGGCACUUCCCGCUCCCACGGCGCCGCUCCUCGCGCCGCCUGCCUCCCUUCAGCGCUCCGUUCCGGGUUUGCCUCCCGCUCGCGAAAUCCGCAGCGCGAGGAGCUGGUGCCGCUUACGGCACAACACGCUGCGAUGCAAGAGCACGCCUGAAAGCACCGACGCCGCAACCCGAUAACGCAACCCGUACAAAGCGGCGUGUGACGGCGCGGAAGCGUGUCCAGGGGGCGUGUCCGUUCGGGUCGCAGAGAGUAGUGCCCUGCAAGCAGGAGCCGGCGCAGUUCUGCCGCGGCCGCGACGUGCUGUUCGUUGCCAGCGCGGCGGCCAGCUGCGGGGUGGAGGUGUUCGCCGUACGCCGCGAGGGCCGCUGCGAGCCCUUGGGCUCUUUCGCCACCCUGGGCCCCGUGCUGCGCAUGGCGCACAGCCGUGCAGGUAUAAAAGAUGAAGACCUUGCAGCUCAUAGUUUGCAGCUUGAAUUAGAUGGGUUUGUCAUAUGUCGGAAGCCAGUGGAACUGCUUGGGGAAGAAAGUAAGCUUUGUAAGAUACCCAUCACACUUGAGUCCACAGAGUUGUCUACAGAAGGCAAGAAGCACUUUCAAGUGCAGUAUCUCCUUUUCAGGCGUUUUACACCAGACCAGUCCCCUUUUGGCUUUUGUGAAGAGACGAAGCUGCACUCUGUUCAGUUCCACCCUGUUUACCAGGCAGGGAGUUCUAUGACAGCAAAUGAGGAAACUGAGAAGAGAGAACUACUGAGUCUCUUCUGCUUUUUUUCUUUGCCUCAUGUUGGAUAUCUCUACUCUGUUGGGAAGUUAGUAGAACUGAUUUCUACUUACCAGUGCUCGGAGAGGUCAGAGCAGGCAGUUCUUACUCCACAGUUCCUGCAUGUCAUUACAAGUGAGAGCCUGCAGUGUUACACAGUGCGGUGCAGUGCAGCAGCAGCUCGCGAUGAAGAUCCAUGCAUUGAUGCAACUGUGAAGGUUUGGUUCAAGUACUGAAGCGGUGCAUUUUCUGGGAAGCACAAAGCCAUGGAACUAUACGUAUGACUCCAGACCAAAAAGUGUAGAAGGCAAUAUCAAUGACCCUAAAAUUGUUCACCCAGAAUUCCUCAACAUGUGGUGGGACACCUAUACAGUUAAUAUUUUACCCUUACUAGAACAGAAAGAAGUUGAUGAAGAAAAUACCACAAGUGCAAACCUGGCAGAGGUUACAGAGGCAGUGUCCCAUAUGUCGGUAUCGGCACCACCACCACCAGUAUUACCAACCAUAUCUUCAGAAGAACGCAAGGCUCGGUGGGAACAAGGCCAAGCUGACUGUAUGGGAGUGGAUUCUUUUGAUAACAUCAAGAAGAAACUGGACUCCUACCUUCAGUCGAAGUGCCAUUUUCAAACACUGGCACUACAAGGACUUGUUCCAGAACUAACAGCUAGGAAAGGUUGUAGAUGAUGGACAAUUAUGCUUGCGAGUAGCUUGAUGGAAAAAAUUCUUGGCUGAAGGCCUCUGCAGUGCUACAGAUAAAGACAGUGCUACAGGUAAAGCAAGAGCUAGGAAGCAGAAUUCAUUUUCCUUAUGUUGUGAUCAGCUGGCUCAAUGUAUUCAUUGAAACUGGGUUUGCACCUUAGCUCAUUAAGGUGAUUAGCAGUGACUCCUUUGCUUGCUAUUUUAGGUCUCAAAUGUGAUUUGUGAGAUUGCUCAUACACUAAAUGAUUGCCAUUCUGCUUUACCAUUAGUGAGAGAUAAAAGUAAUAGCACUGCUUUGAUCUUCUAGUCCCAAUUGCACUGAUGUUUUGACCAGGUUUUUACACAUAGUGCCUACAGCGUGGCAGGAUGCAUUUGUUCACUUCUGUAUUCUUCAGGCUUAGUAAACGGAGUUUUUCUGUUACUUGAAAUCUUCGUGCAAAAAUAAAAACUUGUCAUGCUUUUCUGGUUUUUUUUGUAAACUCUUGAGAAAAUAAAAAAGAGAUCUUUGGAGCAAUCUAAAAUAACCCAACUUUGUUCAUUCCAUUCUAGCUGUCAUUAACAAAUGUCCAGCUUCUAGUUCUGUAAUUUUUAAUGGAGUAUGUAAUCAAGUGCCAGGUUGCUGCUGGAAGAAGUACCUGCAGAAUGGAGCUAAGAGAAUCUGUAUUUUGGUUACUGAAGAACAAUCUGUAACGUGAUACUGUUUUUAAAACAAGCAGUAGUGAUGCUAUCUUGGCAAGUAAAGAUGAAGUAGCUGUACCUACACGGGUUAGGAAAACUCUCUUCCUUGUGUGCAUGGCCACCAUCAUGCCACGCGCUAUAUUUUGAGACAGAGAAAAGUAGUAAAAGUACAAGACAAAACUCACAGUAACAGCCUUCUGAAGAGAGGGUGGCUGCUGUUUGCCAUUAGUUCAGAUCCAUCCUUUAGCUACAAGUGUAAACAGAACCGAAUUACUUAGCAUUCAGUGUGGUACCUGUAAUCUGUAUUAGUCCAGAGACAUGUAUUUUCUUAUAUCUUUAUAAAGGAGGAUUUUGGCAGGAAGCUAGUAAGGGUUGUUCAGCUUUAAUCCUGGAGAUAAACAAUUAGCAACCUGCUACUGUUUGCUGGUAAGGAGAAGCUAUGAUCUGCAUGUGAGAGUUAAUUGAGGUCCUGGUCAUUGUUCAGCAAAAAAAUGGUAAAAAGGAGGUCCAGGUCAAAGUAACUUACAGCUAUUUAAAAGUUAAUAGCAUUUGAACUCUCAGUCAUAAUGUUACAACUAACCACUUUUUUUUUUUUUUUUUAAAUUAUUUGAAGUUGUUUGGAAGCAGGAAGAGUUAGUAAUUACAAUCUACAGUUACAAAAUAUACUUUACCCAGCAAGUACAAACACUGAAGUUUGGCAUGCACACAAAUAUUCUCUGGGUAACUUAAAAGUACUCUCGAGGUCAGCUGAACAGUCUUAGUUUUGCUCCCCUUUUCUGUACACUUACUAGAGAAUCAGCAGGUUCUUUGACUUUCAGUUGCAGACAACUGUAAGUGUAAAAAGCAUGAGACUCCACCAACCUGAAAAUUUGGUUUAGCAUGUAAGUUUUAUUACAUUCCAGAAGAUAAGAUGCUGAAUAAGAUAAAACCUGUAUGUUUCAGAUUAACAAGUAUAGUUAGUAAAUAAUUAAAACUGGGGA